AUGACGGAUGCAGAGCCUCUAUAUGUCUACAAACUCGUCCCCUCCUCUUUGCCGGUGCGGGAACCUCUCCCCGAUCGACUCCCGGUCAGCGACAUCGACAAGUCGUCAGGGUUCAUCCACCUGUCUACGGCUUUUCAAGUCCCAAACACAUUGAAGGCCUUUUUCAAUGACGAACCACUGGUCUAUGUUCUGCGAAUUCCCUACGCGCACAUCGCUGGAGAAACCGUCUGGGAGUCCCCAGAGGGUAAUGUUUGCGGGCCGCGACCGAAAGAAGGGUUAUUCCCGCAUCUAUAUAACGGGCUGAAACUCGGUAAGGACGAAGUCGAAAGCAUCGCCAUCUGGAACAAUGAAAACGGCUGGGAUAGAGCACUGCAGCAAUCCAAACCGUGGCUUCUGUUUUGA